GAGAAAAAUCUUACAUCACUCCGUGGCCAGGCCAGGACGAAAGAGGGAAGUCUCAUUCGCACGUUGCGCUAUUGCAUCGCCCAUGUGUAGUGGGUUGAUAGUUGAUACUAUUCCGGGAUAUCCUAGAGAGUAGAGUAGGUGCUGACAAUGUUGCUGCACUAGUAGUAGCUGUGCGCCGGUGGAUAUCGCCUCGAAUGAAGGAUUUGAGACAUACGCAGCGAUACAAUUCAAGUGCCUGUCCAUUGGAGAAUCAUAUCAAGCACAGGGGACUGCACAGGGGACUGCACAGGUGACUGCACAGGUGACUGCACAGGUGACUGCACAGGUGACUGCAUAGGUGCACAGGUGACUGCACAGGUGACUCCAUAGGUCACUGACGUGGUGCAUGUGUUGUGCUAUGGUCAACACAGCGCGUCAGGGUAGAAUGCCCUGCACAAGGAGCGAGCGGAAAAUGUGGAAGCAUGACCUGACUAUUCUACUAGUUCUCCUCCUGGUGUUCGUCAGCCAAUGCCAUGGCGUGGAUUAUUACUGGAAAUCAGCAACGACAGGAAACUGGGAGGAUGCCAGUAACUGGAACCCAUCAGGCGUGCCCGAUGCAAGUGACUCUGCGCUGAUAACUCCAUCUGGUACCUACACUGUUACACUGAACUCUGACAGGACGGUGCGAUCAUUGGAUGUCGGUGCUGGUACGGCUCAAGUAUCACUUCUUGUCGAACAAGGCACGGUACUCAACGUCACCGAGCAACUAAAUGUGGUGUCACCUGACCUGAGAGUCUAUGGACAGAUCAACGUGAAGACAUUCCUCUGGAGUGGCAAAGACAUUGCUGGAAUACUCUCCUAUUCUGGAAAGGUAAUUGUGAGUGACUACAUGCGCAUUGCAGCAGGAUCGUAUAGCUCAAAGUACUUGAAAUACAUAACCGUCACGAUCCUGAAAAACCUGACGUUCGAUCCAGCCUCCAUGGACAGCACAAGCGCAUACUUCUACUGUCAACAGUGCACUGUUGUUAAUGAGCGGAACUCAACUCUCCGAACCGGGAGUGCAAGGUGGAGCAUUCUGGGCACCAGGGCAACUGCUGAUCCAGUGGAUGGCUAUCGCCAAGGCCUCAUCAACUAUGGUACAUUUGUUGUGGAGAUGACGGCAUCUACAUCGGUGUAUAACUACUGGGAUGUAAGGAAUCACGGACGUCUAGUUCUACUGACUGCGUACUGGAACACUCGCAACAACUUCUAUCUGGACUACGUCAGGUGGGUAAAUCUUGGCUCCAUUGAGUCCUACUGGACCAGCAUCAGAGUAAGAUAUACAAGUGUGAUCAAUGGAAAUGGAACAAUAGCAAUGUACAGUCAGCCAUUCAGGUCGACAGCACCACUCAGUAAUCGCAAAGCUUUACAGUGGAGAAGCUAUAUCAGUGAAGUACUGGGCAACACAUCAUACCAUGCUUUCGGACAGCUUGUCUAUUUGCCUGGUACUGAGCCAAUCCUAGGAAUGGAUUAUUGCAGUAACCAGUUGUCAAUCGAAGCAAGUAAGUUAACAGUGUAUGGCGGGAUCUACACGAACAUCCAAUCAAGCCGGAACAGCUGGUGGAAAUUCGACUCUGUGGAGAUGACUGCGAGCACUCGAUUGUAUCAAUCGUCUUCAAGCAGCAACAACACCAUUGUGCUUGGUGAUCACACACAGUCUACGCUGGGAAUCUUCUAUGGUAGGUAUCAGCUGCGAGUUUGUGCCGGAGAUGAAGCAAAUGUUACAUUCCUGCGAUCGGUGCUCUUGACGGAUACAAGUGAGAUAAAGAUAGGCGCCAACAGCCAGCUAGUGUUUCGUGAGUCAGCACAGAUACAUACAUCAGCAUCAGUUGUGUGUGGUUCUAACAGUACAAUAACGUUCAACCGAGACCUGGAUCUCAGCGGUGCAUUGAAUGUAACCCAAUCCACUGUGACUGUACUUGGUCAGUUGCAAUGGACACAGGGCUCAAUCAAUGGCAAUGGUAGCAGCCUGGUGCUGUCCACUCACAGCCAGCUAUCCGGUGACAGGCAGAAAAUCCUAAAGGGCACCAAGAUCAUUCUUCAACAGCAACCAAUAUCUCCGACUGGCACCUACCUUGCAGAGUACUUUCAAUAUCGAGUCCAGACACCUACUACACCACAACUUUCAAACAUCUACUAUUUCCCAACUGAGAGCAGCAGCAGCUCUUCCAAGUUGCCAGUGAGCUACGACAAUGCAUCCAGUAUCCCUACUCUUACUCAGAUUGAAGACAACAUCCAACAUCUGCCUCAAUACUACGGUUCAUCUCCGCUGCGCUUUCUGUCAUCAUCCUCUGGCAGUCCAUCCUGGGACAGUGCAUCGGCGCUGAGCUUCACAUACAACUAUGCUGCCAGAUAUUGGUUUUAUCUACAGAUUGACGCCCCUGGAAGCUACUACUUUUAUUUCGCUCAGGGAUACAGUGUCAAGCUAAGAAUGUAUGUGGAUGGAACUCAAAUUUACUCGCAAGGAUUCUAUUCAUCGUUCCCACCAACUGAGCGCAAAAGUAGCGCUGUAAAUCUCAUAUCAGGCCAACACAUCGUGCAUAUUGAUUACAUUGUGCAAAGUACUUACUGGUCAGAUAGAGGGAUGAUGUUCACUCUCUCCUACGAAGGACCAACCACCAGCAAGCAGCCAAUACCCCCAAGCAAGAUGUCAGCAUACAGAACUUCCAUGACCGGAGCAAGAGUCUAUGCAAACGCAGUGUCAUCGUACAAACCAAAUAACAGUGUCACAUUAGACAUGUCAGGUAAUGGACUUUUACUUGCAACUGAUGGUUCAUCGCUUGCCCUGAACACCAAUGGAGUGUUGCGUCUUCUCUCCGAUAUCAUCAUCUUGUCCUAUGGUGCAACUGGAAGCAUAUUUCAACUGACUAACGGUGGUGAAAUCAUAAAGGACGGAACACCUGGUGUUGCUGCUCUGUAUGUCGACUACCAGCAACUUGCUGGUGGAAAACUGACUACAACCAAUGGCCAGGUUGAGUUCCGAGAUUUGAAUCGUGACGGAGGCCUGGCAACAUGGAACAAUCCUGCCGGGGGGAAAUGGACUGAUGGCAAUAACUGGAUUCCGGCCAGAGCUCCGAGAAAGACCGACGUGGUGUUUAUUACUUUGUCUGGAUCGUACAGUGUCACUAUACCUGGUAGUGAAAACGUCACCGUUCUCAGUCUGGUACUGGGAGCCCAGGGCAGCAAUCCUUCACUACAAGUCUCUUUCUUCUCCAACCUAAAUAUCCUGGAUAAAUUUGAUGUGCAAACACAGGACUUGACCAUCAGUGGCAAUAUUUUAACAAAGAACAUGGCAUGGUCUGGCCAGAAGAUUACGGGCGAUGGCUUUUCACCAAGCCUGAGAAUCACCUACAGCUUUUCACUAAUCUGGUCAUCGUACACUACCAAACAUCUGACUAAUAUUAUCGUCGAGAACCAAGGCAAUGCCACUGUUGAUGGUACGUCAUCUUCACCUAUCCUUUACUGCACUAACUGCCGUCUAGUGAACGCACAGGGUGCUACGCUUGUCACGCCACGAAUGUCCCUGUCAAAGACUAGUGGCGCAUGUUCAUCCCCCGGAAGUCAACUAUGUUCAUCACCAGGUCUCAUCAACUACGGUACAGUUAUUGUGCAGGUCCAGUCGAGCUCGACUACAUGGACCAUUGACGUCUACAACACUGGCAACAUCAAGGCAAUAGGGAAAUACCCAACCUCGACUUCCAGUUGGCAGCUGAGUAGUAACACGUUCAACGGACAGGGUGGAACACUUGACAUCUACAUGGUCCAACUAACUCUCUCCUACACUGCACGUGAUUCUCAUCUGGGAAGUGUACGUUCAUACUCCUGGCCUGUCAGGGCUACAUCUCUCUCGUCAGCAAGGGGAGCAAGGACGUAUGAUAUGUGGGAGGAGUAUCUUGCAGAUCUCUUCACAGGAAGCCUUGGUAAUGAUGUCAACACCCUGGGUGGUUCAGUGUAUAUCAAGAGCCUCUAUGGAACUAGUAGGGCAACACGCACUGUGACAAUGACAAGCUAUGAAGCAUUUGGACGAUGUAAGCUCAGAACAGACACCUGUCAAUACUCACUCGUAUCAAUCACAGAUUUCAUCAGAAUGGAUGUUAACAGUGAGAUUCAGCUUGUCACGAACAGUGCACGGCCAGGAGAGCUGCGCAUUGGCUCGAAGCAAGCAUCUACAAUUGGCAGCCUUAGCAUCGAAAAGGGCUGGAGUGUGCAGUUCACCAAUACUGCAGCGGUCAGUAUUCUUAGAGACACGGUUGUUUCUGGCAAUGCUAGUCUGGUAAUGGGUGAAAGCAUCAAUACUACAUUCUUUGGCUCCUACCAGGGUCAGUACAACUCCCUGCUGCAGGCCAAGAGUGGGAAUGUUCGAUUCUCAGAUAGACUGCGCGGUGAUGGUAACCUUCAACUUGGCAAGGCACAGGUAACCAUGUUGAAAAGGUGGUCAUACAAUAAGGGCGAUGUGACAGGAAACAUUGCUAAUAUAACAGCCAGUGGUGGGCUGAGCAUGACUGGUUCCCAGGACAAGGUUAUGAAGAAUGUAAGGCUGAAUAUACAAGUACCGACAAGCAUUACAUCCACAACAGCAACUUCCAAGGGUGUGCUAGUGGAGUACUUCCAAUUCCGUGUCAAGAACAGUCUCUACCCACAGUACUCGAGCCUCUACUCUUUUCCUUCUACGACUAACCCGUCCUGCACUAGCUGUUUACCGUCGAGCUUUGACCAGGCUAGUGCUGCGUACAAUGAUGUGGAGAUCAGACACUCUGUCAACCACCCACCACAAUACAAGAGCUUUGCACCUCUGGAUUAUCUCUCAAAUCAGAACAGUUACAACAGCAGUUCGCCAAUGACCUUCACCUACAACUUUGCCACGCGAUGGUGGUUCUUCCUGGAUGUUCCCACUUCAACUACGUACACUUUCUCACUGCAAACUGCUUACAGUGUCAAUGCUCGCUUAUGGGUGGAUGGCGUUGUGAAAGGUAACACUGGCUUCUAUAAAAAUUACUACACCUCUACGCAGACUAUGGUAUCUGUGUCACUCCUAAAAGGUAUGCGGGAGAUACGACUGGAUCUGAUGGUGCAAUCGACAUACUGGGACACAAGAGGCAAUGGCUUCACACUACACUGGGAAACGUCGGAUACAGUCAAAGAAGCCAUUCCUGACUCUAGGGUGUUCUUUAAGUACAAUGGCAAAUGGGCACAGCCAUAUUACAACAGUCAGCCAUCGGUGAUACUGACCCCGUUUGACGCAAAGUUUUCUGGCUAUGGCUUGGUGUUGGCACAGGACACAGUUGCUGUCACCAUCGCUAGCAAUAGUGUAUUUGAUGUACAAUCAGAUGCUAUCUGGCAGUGCUUAGAUUCCAGCCUGUGCACAUUCACAAACAAUGGUGUUGUGCGACGAUCCGGCACAACGGGGCCAGCCUAUAUUUACACCACCUUCACUGGUACUGGCACAUCAACCAUUGAUAGGAAUGUCUCCAGUCUGACAAUUGAAAGUGUUGGUAGUGCAUCUGGCCUUGUGUCAUGGACAUCCACCACUGGAGGUCUAUGGUCAACUCCUAGUAACUGGAACAGUGGUCGUGUACCAACUGCUACAGACUCGGUCUACAUCAAUUUACCUGGCAACUACACCAUAGUACUCCUGGGUGGAAUUCACAACAUUAGCUCUCUCGUCUUGGGAUCAGCAUCUAGCUUUCCUACACUGCAGAUCAAUCAUUUCUGCACUCUGAACAUAGCGGGACGCAUGGACAUUCGCACUGAUCGACUUAUCAUUCAAGGAAUAUUGAAAGCAAAGGACCUAACAUGGAGCGGAGAGAGUAUUGAGGGCUCCACAUUGUCGUUUGCAAAUAGUAAACUUGUGGUGACUGGUUCCCUGCUAAUGCAGCAAGGAGUAUACACCAGAAAAUACUUCAAGAACAUAUCUAUUGAGAACUAUGGAAAAAUCUCAGAGGACGCAAGCAUCACCAGUACCAGCUACAUCUACAUGAACGAUGCCAUUCUGACAAACUUCUUCAAUGCCACGCUAGAACUCCAAACGCGGUAUCUCCAAACCACUGGAUCAAAAGUCACGUAUCAUUUGAUCAACUUUGGAACUGUCAUCCUAUAUGCUCCGUCAUCUUCUUCUAAAUACCUGUAUUGGAAAGUGCGUAAUGUUGGUGAUUUCUAUGUCUUCCCUCCACGUGCAAGCUCUUCUUACACUACCUACCUGUACAGUGCAUUUGAGAAUGUUGGCAGACUGUCUUCAUAUAAUGUGCAGCUAAGAGUGCGUAGCAAUGGCAGGAUCCAGGGAGAAAACGGCACCUGGUCUAUUUACGGUGGAGCCUAUCAGGCGACUACCACUGACUUUGAAAUUUCAAAGUGGAGAGAGUAUAUUCGAAAUCCAUACAAUGAAACGACUAUCUACAGUAGCAUUGGAAUGUUGGAAUUCUACAGCGUUGGAAAUGACGCUAUGAAGAUGCACACCCUACGCAUGCGUGGAGCAUAUCUACGUCUGUCCAAUUGCUACAAUGUUAGUAUCAGUAUAGGUGGCGUAUUAGACAUGGACGAAUCAUCCAGAAUUGAUACCAUGCGCUGUGUCAGAGUGCCUUGUGCUCUCUCAGUCAACGGUAAUGCAUCUGCAAACCACACCAUUGGCCUGACUUAUCUUGACUUUGGCUGGAAUGUCUCAAUCAAGGGUGAGAGCGCACUAUUUAGGUCUGGAUUGACAAUGAAAGGAGGAUCGAGACUCGACACCCAGACAUCCACGGCGCUCUUUGAUGGUCCUGUGCGUUUGGAUAGUACAUCCAGUUUAGAACUUGGCAGUUCCUCUACAACGUUCGGCCAGAAAGUUCAAGUAGAGGGCGGAACGAUGAAAAUGAUCGAUUCACCAUCUGUGACAUUCCAAGACUUGCUGUCAUUCGGCAGUGGCAGUAUAAUAGGACCAGGCUUCAUUCAAGCCCAAAAGGAGAUUUCUCUAUCUAGUUCUAUUAGCAAAACUUUGGACUCUGUUGACAUAACACUGGCACCGAGACAAUUCACGAGAACCUCGUUUGGAACCACCGUACCCCUAGUGCCAGGAGUCAUAGCCGAGUAUUUCCAAUACCGUGUGCCGACACCGCUUACUCCACAGCUGUCCAAUAUCUACUACUACUACAAUGAAACCUCAUCGUCUAGUAGUCGACUGCCAGCAUCAUUUGAUGAUCCAAACUCGCAGCCUAAUAUCAGGCGCUUUGAGCAGUCGCUCCAACGGCCAGCACGUUACCUAGGACGUGCACCACUGGUGCUAAGCACGUCUAGUACACAGUUUGAUCUGAAUGCUGCAGGUUCUUUCACAUACAACUAUGCAAUGAGACUGUGGACAUAUGUAUCGGUUAUGCAGCCAGGGCAGUACACUUUCCUCUUUAAACGAGGCUACAGCACUAAAGUACGACUCUGGAUCAACAACAAACUUACAACAUCCGGCUCGGCAUUCGGUUUCUAUCGCAGUAUCUACCAACCUUUGCAAACUGCAGGAACCGUCACAUUGUCAAAGGGUCUCAACCUGUUGCGUCUGGACUGCAUCAUACAGUCAACAUAUUGGCAAUAUCGUGGCAAUGGUCUGGAACUCUACUGGAACUCAACGUUCACAGGUCUACAAAGAAUUCCAGAUUCACUCCUUGUUCCCAUAGGUAACUCACAACCAGCUGCACCGGGUCUCAAGUUGACAACAGCAAGUGCCUGUUCUGCAGGUGUGGACAGUCAGAAGUUCCCAUUCAGCUUCUCACGUCUCCGGGUCACUGGCACUGGACCAGUGCAGUUUAGAGGAACAUCUAGUCUGGAUAUAACCUCUCAAGGUAUACUUGAGCUGCAAACAAGUCGCUCGUGGCAGUACAGCAGCAGCAGUGGCACUGGCAGCAGCAUAUCACAACGCCUCAACUUGACAGUCAAUGGCUUGGUCAGUCGGCCAACAGGGACAGGAGAAUUGAACUUGAAUGCUCAGUUUUCAGCCAAGGCAGGUUCCUGUAUCAAUGUGACUAGUGGAACAUUGCUGCUUGGUGUAAAUGGCUCAUCAACGGCUGCACCGAUUGGUGGCACUGGCAGUGCAAUCACCAUGGCAACCACACCGCUGGCAUCCACUGCACCACCUACAACACCACCUGCAGCAACCACGGUGUUCUGGAGCGGUAGUGGUGGUACAAUAGACUGGGAUGAUCCGAGCAACUGGACACCCAGGAAACCAUCUAACUAUGACACUGUGGUCAUAUCGCAACCAGGGGCACUCACCAUUAACUUACAGGAUAGCGUCACUGUCACCAAUCUCACUCUCGGCACAAGUACUUACAAGUCAAAUACCCUACAGAUUUUGUCCGGCGGCAGCUUGAGAGUACUGGACACGUUCACCAUUUACAGCCGCACACUCUAUGUCUAUGGAUUGUUGGACGCCAACAAACUCCUGUUUUCUGGCACAUCUAUCUAUGGAGCACUAACUAGUGCAACAUCUACCUCUCCAAAGGGCCAGAUAACUGUCCGUGAUUCCAUGUAUGUCAGCUACUCCAAUUCCAAAACCCUCAGUAGGGUGAUUCUAACAAACCAUGGUAAUCUCACAUUUGCUCCAGAGCUGAAUGGCCUGAGAACUACGUGCAUAGAGUGUCAGAUUAUCAAUGAGAGGAAUGCCACAUUUCUAACCAACACAAUGUCAUGGUUCACAUCGGGAGAUGUUGAUGCAAGCCGACCACAUCUGAUCAACCGGGGUAUGUUCAUAAUGGCCUCCACCAGUCCCAGCAGCAUAACCUACCAGUUGAUCAUACAGAACUUCAAUCAAAUGGUGUUUGUCUACCAGACCACAUCUCAAUCAGCUAUCUCAAUAGGCUUCAGCAAUCCCCUAUUGAGAGUCGGUAGGAUACGCUCCUACUUCUGUCACCUAACCUUCACUAUGUCCAGCUCCAUAACCUAUACUAGCGACUACACAAACAGCAGUCUAGAGGUGUACUCAUUCCCUCGCUUCACCACAAGCACACUGCCACGAAGACUAGGCUCCCAGGCAUCAUGGCAAGCCUACAUCACUGAUAUCUUUUCCACUGCUCUACCAAAUCAGUGGAGUCGAAGUCGUCAGAUUCUGGUACAGAUCUCCAGCCUAUCAUCAUACACGGGUAAUUUACCAUCUUGCAAGCUCAAUGGUUAUGUUCAGUUACGACUGGUUAGCUCCAACCAAGUCAGUGUCCGACUGUCUAUAGUGGGAGUUGCCUAUUCGUCCCUUUACCUUGCUACCAAUGUUAAUGUCUAUGCAGCACUGGUCACUUCCACACUGUCGGAAGUGAUCGUGGCUGAUGGAUCGCGUGUGAACAUGUCCACAGACUCUACAAUCAACAAUUCACUGCGCUUGCGUAGCCAGGGCUCUAUGUACCUAUAUGAUACUGCCGCCCCACCUAAACCUGUCAGCAUUUCUAGUGUCACUAUUGGGACAAGCGCAUCUCUCAAUAUGUCACUGAGCUCACUGUCCAUCUACCACCUGGAUCUCUACGGCACCAUGAACUCUACAUGGUCAUCAACAACUAUCACUGUACGCGGUGUGUUGCGAUGGCAAGGCGGUACAAUACUGGGUCAGAACAGCAAUGUCAUGGCACUGGGGCCAUGCAAUAUCACAGGAAAGUCUGUCAAGACUCUGCAGAAUGUCACACUGACCAUUGCAAAUAGGCCAGCAACGCUCAGCCAGACGAUGCCGGUCCUCACUCAGAUCUUCCAAUACCGGGUACCCACACCGAAAUCAACCUUUGUCAGUACAACCAGCCUAUUCUACUUCUUUGGUUAUUCUUAUCCUAGCUCUACUCUGCCUCAGGACUUUGAUAACCUCACUGCAAUUCCAACGAUAAACUUUGCAAGUAAGUCUCUUGGUCAAUCUCCAAAUGACAUCGGAUUGACACCAAUCAUGUACAGCUCUAAUGGAAAUUCAAUUGACACCGUCUCGCCAUGGUCAUUCACGGAAAGGUUUGCAGUACGCAAGCUGUCCUAUUUGAGUAUAAGUACAGCUGGCAACUACCAGUUCUUCAUCGAAUAUCGCUACGGUAGCAUGCGCCUUUCCCUAGACAACAACGUCAUCAUCAACCCACAAAGUCGAUCCUCCAGCAUACUGCGCUACUCGUCAGCCCAGAUGACUCUCACAGCGGGCCUGCAUCUAAUUCGUGUCGACUUCAUUGUGAGUGUGGAUGCAGCAAGCAAUGACAAUGCUUACACAAUCUACUACUCAGGACCUGGAUUUGCUAACCAAUCCAUCCCAGACAGUGCCCUGACUGUCAACCCAACAGGUGCUUUGCUGAAUACCCUUCUCUCCUUGCCCCCCAAUGUAACACAGAUGUCUGACGAAGGUCUCAUGUUCUCACGAAGUGGAGCAACAGUCACCGUAGAGAGUAAUCGCCACUUGGAGUUUGUGUCCGAUUUCCUGUGGCUAAGUCUUGUGUCGGGUACACAACUCCCCAAGUUGGUCAACUAUGGCAACUUGCUGAAAACCGGCGGUGGCAUUGCUUCACUGACACUGCAACUGAACAACAAGGCGUCUGGUUCCAUCACAAACAUUCUAGGUCAGUUUGCAUUCAGCACACCGACUACAGACAGCAGUGCCUACUUUUGGCAAAACCCAAUUGGUGGCACAUGGACGGAUCCAAACAACUGGCUACCUAGUGGAAUACCUGGUCCAAAGAGCUCUGUCUUCAUAACGUUGGAGGGUAAUUAUCAAAUCCUACUUCCCUUUGGCAGCAUGACAUAUCAGGUAGAAAACUUACAGAUUGGAAGUGGUGUGUCUCAACCAGAACUCAAUGUUGGACUGUUUGCUAAACUCAUUGUGACAGACCACCUUGAAGUCCAUUCAAAUCGACUUACAAUUGACGGUGAAAUACAGACUAGCCGUUUCACCUGGUCUGGAACAUACCUCAUUGGUAAAACAGUCACAAAUCAGGGUGGUGUGUUGACUGUCCAGAAGACAUUCCUCUUUGCACAGUCACCAACGGGAACAGCACCGUCCUCUCGGUAUGUACAGGGUUUAACCAUUAGCAACAUGGGUCUGAUGCAGGCAUCUUAUCAACUCGUAAAGUAUUUAUACUGCAGUGCAUGCAUACUGAACAACCAUGGUACACUGAUCCUGCAAUCACAAUAUCUAUACUUGCAAAGUGGUGUAGGAACAAUGAACAACUAUGGCAAUUUUACAAUGGAGAUCGGUGUGGGCACGAGCAGUACCUACAACUAUUGGACUGUCACCAACCAAGGUAAAAUUGUUCUAGCUUCUAACAGUUUUUCUGUAGGAUCCAGGACAUACUAUGCUCAUGGAGAAUGGACCAACAAUGGAACUGUUGAUGUCUAUAUGGUAACAUACUACAUGUAUGGCACCAGCACAAGAUCAGGAGCACCAUACUCUGCUGGCUCAGGAAAGUAUCGUAUUUGGAGCAAGCCAUUACAGAAUAACUCCAUGGCGGCUCCACCUAACUACUACAAUGUAGGUGGGUCGACAGCGUUCUUGGCAGCUGCUUACAGUGGCCACCCAAUCGUGUGGGAUCCGACCGGUACAACCUUUUGGUACAUUCAAAACUUCUUUGGGAGUGGCACAACGUUUGGGGAAAUCGAGACAUACGGCAGAGUGACAGUCCUAGUGAGAAACUCUCCAGGGGUUGCGUUCUAUGUGAGUGGAAGUGUGUCUAUGCCUGCCCUGAGUCUACUGGAUCUGAGCACAGCAUCGCUUGGAGCCAGUUUUACAGUGCUGAGAUCAGCUACGCGGGUGUCGUUUGGCAGUCUACAAAUGCAAGCUGGUUGGGCACUGAACUGCCAGCAAGUAGCAAAUGUUUCUUUCGCUGGACGAACAGUGCUUGGUGCAAACUCGUCGUUGGACAUCACAGGAACCGGAGGAGUUGUUCAGUUUCUGGAUGACCUUUACAUCAACUCCAACACAUCCCUGAUAGUUCAGAAUGCAACCGUCGACACACAGCAGUUAAGAGUGGAUGGGGUGGUGCGGCUCCAUGAUGCACUAUUGAAUGUGCACAGAUCGCUGGUAUGGACUGGUGGUUCUCUUGUGGGCAACAUGGGAAAUGACUCAGUCCGAGUGACUCAGGACUGCAGACUUUCUAGCCAGAACUUGAAGGCACUGGAUGGGCUAACAUUAGUGCUGUCCUAUGCUCCUGUGUUUGGUGACUCAUCAAAUGGAGUAAUCGCCGAGUACUACCAGUAUCGCGUAGCAAACCAGGUAACUAGUUCGCCUCCUUCUUCCCCUCGGUUGUGUGCACCAUGUGUAGCAGCAUCGUCGUGCUCAUCCUACUGCAUUAAUCCCACCUUUGAUGACACAACCAUCAAAGCUAACAUAGUGCGCUUGGAGAAGGACAUCACAAGACCAUCAACAUUUACCUCACUCAGUCCACAAGAUUAUCAAGCUGGAGGCAUCCUGGUCAACUCAUCAUCACCCACCUCGUUCACAUCCAACUAUGCUGUACGCUGGAGCUCAUACUUGAAAAUUGACACGGCGGGUACAUACACGUUUUUCUCCAUCAUCUACAGUGCCUACACUCGACUAUGGGUCAACAGUAACUUCAUUCAGGCUACUAGUUCCACAUCUAGUGUCAACCAGGAGAGAAGUAUAGGAUCGGUCACCUUGUCUGUUGGCUAUGUUCACCUUCGCUUUGAGGCACUCUUCACUUCCACCAGUUCCUACUCCAACCCAAUUCUUCUUCGCUACGAAGGACCAAGUGUACCAAAACAAAAUAUCCCUGCAUCAAAGCUGUUUUACCGCACGUCAGUACCAACUUGGCGCACAUAUGCAUCAACAGCCUACACACCAUUGCAGGUGGCAACCUGUGUCAUGGCAGAGAAUAGCUUGAAUCUAAUCAACAACAAAUCAUUGAUAGACAUUGCAGCCACGGGUGUAUUGGACAUACAACAGGACAUCUUCUGGUACUCCCAGACUUUUGCCACAGCCCCAUCAUCUAUUAUCAACCGUGGAGUGAUCAAGAAGACUGCGGGCAUGGGAGCUGCUGUAUUCACAGCAACACUGUUCAACCGAGGGGGGAGUCUUAGUGGCAACGUACAGUUUGGCGGUACCAGCACCACAUCAGUAGCCUACUGGAACAAUCCCAAUGGUGGCUCAUGGCAUCAUGCUAGUAACUGGUUGCCAGCGCGAGUACCACUUUCAACAGACAAUGUAUUCAUCACGCUGUCAGGAUCUUACAAAGUGGUAAUCAGUGCGUCGACUCCAGUCACAGUCAACUCUCUUGAAGUUGGUGGACCCAAUAGUAAGCCAACCUUGGUUAUUGACCAUUACACAUCAGUCAACAUCUCAAACUUAUGGGUACUAAGAAGUCCAGACAUACUAAUCUAUGGCACCGUGCAAGCAGGUGAUAUCAAGUGGGUGAGCGCAAACAGUCGCAUGACUGGACCAAUGGCAUCGAGUCAGCGUGGCUUUGUAACGUUCAACACCAUGACUGUCCUGGGAGAGAAAUGCCCUCACUUGGAACCAGUCAGUCACAUUUGGUUAUUGUGA